CAUGUGACUCGCGGGGGCGGGGCUGCGCCGGCCGCUUCCCAGCCUGGCUGAAAGGGCUCGCGUAGCCGGCCCUGUCGGCCCUUAAAGCGGUCAGUGGGCGGCCUGGCCCCAGCUCCCCUCCCGAGCCGCGCAAAGGGAGCUGCUCCUGGCUCUCGUCCGCCCCCCAGGUUUGCUUUCCUUCCCUUCCCGAAGGUGGGCCCCGAGGUCCACCGCCGCGGAGGCUGCGGCCGCCGGGAAGCCCAGCGCCGAGUGUCCGGAGACUAACCGGAAGUGCGGUCCCAGGCGGAGGGGCGGUGCCGGCGACUGCCGGGGAGAGGGCAGAAUUGCGUGCUGUGAAUACUUAUGGACCAGAGACCUUUUGAAGCCAGAAGGAACACUGUCUGAGUCUUUGUUGUUAGGAAGGCCGGCUGCCGAGAGACCAGAUUCGCGGGGCCAGGAAGCCAGGCGCUCUCCCAGCUAGCUCCCAGGGUUGAAAAUACCAAGUAAGGAAAUAGUGUAUAGGAUGCUGGAAACUUGUAGUGACGAACUGCUCAUGACUGAAAGGCCUAGAACAGAUGUAUCUUUCAAGUUCUUACCAAGAAAACAGCUAUGAAGAAAAUGAUGGGUCAAGAAGACCAGUGGAAAACUCCCUAGGAGAGAGCCAUAGAAAAUGUGCGCUUCAGAAGAGAGAUAUAAUCAGAGAACUCAGAAAAGGAAAAUAUAUCAUGUAUGCCCUCAGAAGGGUAAAAAGAUUUUUAUUCAUGUGCAUGAGAUUACACAAAUAGAUGAUCAGCUAUACCAGUGCCUUGAACGUGAGCAAAACUUGUGUGAACGCUUAGCUCUUAUUAUGUGUGAGAGAUCCCACACUGGGGAGAAACCUUACAGAUGUGAUAUGUGUGAGAAAACCUUCGUCCAAAGCUCAGAGCUGCUUUCACACCAGAGGGUCCACAAUUACGAGAAACCUUAUAAAUGCAGCAAAUGCGAGAAGAGCUUCUGGCAUCACUUAGCCCUUUCGGGACACCAGAGGACACACGCAGGUAAAAAAUUCUAUACCUGUGACAUCUGUGGCAAGAAUUUCGGCCAGAGCUCCGACCUGCUUGUCCACCAGCGAAGCCAUACAGGCGAGAAGCCGUAUCUGUGUAGCGAGUGUGAUAAAUGCUUCAGUCGAAGCACGAACCUCAUAAGGCACCGAAGAACUCACACGGGUGAGAAGCCGUUUAAGUGUCUGGAGUGUGAAAAGGCUUUUAGUGGGAAGUCAGACCUCAUCAGCCACCAGAGAACUCAUACUGGCGAAAGGCCCUAUAAAUGCAACAAGUGUGAGAAAAGUUACCGACACCGUUCAGCCUUCAUUGUUCAUAAAAGGGUUCACACUGGGGAGAAGCCCUAUAAGUGUGGCGCCUGUGAGAAGUGCUUUGGCCAGAAAUCAGACCUUAUUGUACAUCAGAGAGUGCAUACGGGCGAGAAGCCGUAUAAGUGCUUGGAGUGCAUGAGAAGCUUUACGCGGAGCGCUAACCUGAUCAGGCAUCAGGCAACUCACACUCACACUUUCAAAUGCCUCGAAUAUGAGAAAAGCUUCAGCUGUGGCUCAGACCUUAUUGUGCAUCAGAGAAUUCACAUGGACGAGAAACCACCCCAGUGGUCUACAUGUGAGGGUGGCUUCCUCCUAGGCAUGGACUUCGUGGCCCAACAGAAAAUGCGAACUCAGACCGAAGAGCCGCGUUAUAAGUACAGCGUGUGCGAUAAAAGCUUCCACCAGAGCCCAGCCCUUCUGCAACAUCAGACAAUCCACAUCGGUGAAAAACCGUAUAUCUGUAAUAUGGGUGACAAGGGUCUUGAGCUCAGCCCUCCCCAUGCAUCUGAAGCCUCACAGAUGUCUUGAUCAGACAAGGAGUUAUAAUCCCAUAGAAGGUGUAUGUACGUGUCCGAGAACUCCUAAGAUAAAGGACUCUAGGCGAAUCUCAGACUUUCCUCGGAGCUCAGACUUCCGUGGGGACCAGAGAAUGCAACUGUGGGAAGUUGAGAAAUGGUUUGCCCAGAGAGCUACCCUAGCAGGACACUUUUAUCAGUCACUCGAGUGAGAAACCUUACAAAUGCCCUGAGUUUUGGAAAACCCGUAGCCCAAGCUCAUAGCUGAUCACCCACGAGGGGAUUCGUACAGGUGGGAGACCUUGCAAAUGCAGUGAGUGUGAGAGAACUUUCUAGCGGUGCCCACCCCUCCCCCCCCCAUCCCACGAGAAUUCACACCAGAGGACUAAAUGCCCUCCGUGUCAACAGAGCUUCAGACAGUACACACAUCGCAUCGGAUGUCAGAAAGCCCACAGUGGGGAGAAGCCCCAGCAAGUGUGUAAAAAGCUUCUAACAGAACUGUGACUUUUUUUUACUCUUCAGAGAAGCCAUACUGGUGAAAGUGUGUCUAUUUGUCUUGAAUGUGGCAAAUCCAUUCAUUGGGAGAGCCUCCUUGGGUUUGCACCAAAGAAACCCAAUCUGAGGAAGGACCUUACAGAGUCUCUGAAUGAGAAAAACUUCUGUCAGUGAUCCGCUCUUGUGGUAUCCUGGGGCACUCACACAAGUGAAAAAGCCCCUG